UGUUAACUGGCUACCAUUUUUGUAAAAUAUUCUAGUCGGGGCUAGUUGGCCCAUAUUAGCUGGGGUUAGUUAGCCAUAUGGCGAACUAAACCCUGGUCUUUUAUUGUGCUUACAUACAAAACGAAAUCUUUUACUUUUUAGAAAAAAAAAUGAGAACAUACAAAAGGAAAAGUGAGAAGGGUAAAACCCCGUACGAUAUUAUGAAGCGAGCAGUGAAGGUUGUCCUUGAAGAAAAUUUUUCGGUCAGAAAAGCUGCAAAAAAUUUUGAGAUACCAAGAAAAACCUUAGAAAAAUAUUGCAAAAAAUUUAUGGCAGUUCAGGAACAAAAUGGAAAUUUGAUAAAUAUUCAAAUAGGUUACGCUAAAAGCCGACAGGUGUUUUCUACUGAACAGGAAGAACUUCCAAGAAACCCCCCAAAAUAUAAAAUCGAGAUUUGUUUGUACUGGAUGUCCCUUUAAUAGAAAUAUUUUUGGGGAGCAAGAUUUCUUACCUGCGUAGGUAUACAACCGAUGGGCCUCCAAAUACAGUGAUUGCACCAAAUUAGAUGAAUAAUAGCACAUUAGAAAUUAACUACCAAAUAGCCAAAUUAACUACUAAAAAAAAAAUAAACAAUCAUCUUGAAGAUAAGAAGAAUUUAUACACCAAUAAAAGCUGAGCUUGAGUUAGAGAAGCAGCAGAGAAAAAAGAAGAAGACAAAGCAAAGUAAAGCAGGUUUAACCCUUAAACGCCCAAGGGUGGGUAAAAAAUGUCCACCUAAUGCGUAUUCCCUUGUAACAUAUUUAUUACGUGUUUAAAUUUUUUUUUAAAAAUUAUUUAUUGUUAAAAAGACAGCCCAUUAUCGAAUGUUAAUUUGGUUCUACCAAUAUUUUUGAAAAUAAAAGCAGCACCUUGAGUUAAAUAUGGAUGGGCAUAAAAAGUACACCCUUGACAAAACUUGUUACUAAAGGUUUCUAUAUAAUUUCUCGUUGGUAGGAAGAUAAUCCAUAUAAUUAUCGAUGUAUAAUUAAAUAAUCUACAUAAUUAUCCCCCAAUGAGGAGGCUGAAACAAAGAAUAUGGAGAAAAUCGACAAAUCUGAAUUACUGGCUUUUACUGGUAUGUUAAUUUUGAUGUACAUUGUAAUUUUGUUGUAAGGUUCGUAAAUUGUUUAUAUUAAUAUUUUAGAAGAUGCUGUGUUUAUUAAGCAUAAGAUUCUUAAGUUUAAUCCAUUUUCAACAACUCUCGAUAAAUAUAUUAGCUAUUUUCGAGGUGGACAUUUUUUACCCACCCUUGGGCGUACAUGGAACCUAAAAAUGGUUGGGCGUUUAAGGGUUAAAGAAUGUAAAAAGAGACAAUUGUUCUAAAAAAACAAAAGCUAAAGAGAUAGAUUGAUUCAUCUUCAGAAGAGGACGAAUGCUUCUGUCUAAUAUGUCUCGAAUUAUUCUCUAAUAGUGUUAGUAAGGAGAAAUGGGUACAGUGCACUAAAUGUAAAGUAUGGGCUCAUGAAGCUUGCACAGCUGGAGAUAUCCUUUUUUUGUGUGCGAUAACUGUUUGUCCGAUGCGGAUUAGUGAUUGUAUAUUUUUACAAAUAUAUUUUAAUUGAUAUU